AUGGCCUCGGACAAGUCACGCGUGAUGGUCACCUGCACCGCGCCUGUCAACAUCGCGGUCAUCAAGUACUGGGGCAAGCGUGACGAAGAGCUGAUCCUGCCUCUCAACUCCUCCCUGAGUGUCACCCUGCACCAGGACCAGCUAAAAACUACCACGACCGCCACCAUCAGCAAGGACUUCACGGAGGACCGCGUCUGGCUGAACGGCGUGGAAGUGGACGUGCGGCAGCCGCGCCUGCAGUCCUGCCUGAGGGAGAUCCACCGCCUGGCCCGAAAGCGCAGGAGCACUGAGGACAAGGAUGCCCCGGGCCUCAGCCUCAGCCACAAGGUGCACGUGGCAUCAGAGAACAACUUUCCCACAGCGGCGGGCCUGGCUUCCUCGGCUGCGGGCUAUGCCUGCCUGGCCUACACACUGGCUCGUGUUUACGGGGUGGAGGCCGAGCUCUCCGAAGUGGCCCGCCGGGGCUCGGGCAGUGCCUGCCGUAGCCUGUACGGUGGCUUCGUGGAGUGGAAUAUGGGCGAGCGGGCUGACGGCAAGGACAGCAUUGCCCAGCAGGUGGCCCCUGAGUCGCACUGGCCGGAGCUGCGUGUGAUCAUCCUGGUGGUGAGUGCUGAGAAGAAGCUGACGGGCAGCACAGCGGGCAUGCAGACCAGUGUGGAGACCAGCACCCUGCUCCAGUACCGGGCAGCAUCGGUGGUGCCGGCCCGCAUGGCAGAGAUGAUCCGGUGCAUCCGCGAGCGGGACUUCCCCGGCUUCGGGCAGCUGACCAUGAAGGACAGCAACCAGUUCCACGCCACCUGCCUGGACACCUUCCCCCCGAUCUCCUACCUCACUGACACCUCCCGGCGCAUCAUGCACCUAGUACACGACUUCAACACCCAUCACGGGCAGACCAAGGUGGCAUACACGUUUGACGCAGGCCCGAAUGCUGUGGUCUUUACCCUGGAGGACACAGUGGCCGAGUUCGUGGCGGCUGUGAAGCACUGCUUCCCCCCGGAGUCUAAUGGAGACAAGUUCCUGAGGGGACUGCCCAUGAAGUCCGUCCCGUUGUCCGAUGAGCUCAAGGCCACACUAGGCCUGGACCCGACCCCUGGCAGCAUCCAGUACAUCAUCGUCACAAAGGUGGGACCCGGGCCUCAAAUUCUGGAUGACCCUCUCUGUCACCUUCUGGGCCCCGACGGUCUGCCGAAGCCAGCCGCCUGA